AUGAAAGAAGGCAUGUCCAGUAACAGCACUGCCAGCAUCUCCCAAGCCAGGAAGGCUGUGGAGCAGCUGAAGAUGGAGGCCUGCAUGGACAGGGUGAAGGUCUCCCAGGCAGCAGCGGACCUCCUGGCGUACUGUGAAGCUCAUGUGCGGGAGGACCCUCUCAUCAUUCCAGUGCCUGCGUCAGAAAACCCCUUCCGAGAGAAGAAGUUCUUUUGUACCAUCCUCUGACUCCGUUUGCUAUGAAAACGUCUCCUUUUCUGUCCGUAAAAUCCCUUGUAGAGACCGCGCAUGCUCAUAGCUUUAGGGAGCUCUGCCCACACCCACCCCUGCCCAACCAGGAUUGCCCAGGCCUGUCUCCUCUUUUCACUGGUUUUCUUCACUGCAUUCUAUUUCACUUUUUCUUUUCAUUUUCAUGUUAUUUUCAUUAUUAGAAAAUGAAAUAGACAUUUUUGUAGCCAAAUAACAAAUGUGCCAAGUAAAACUAAGUAUGGGUUUAAGGGCUUAAAUUUUUUUAACAUCAAGUCCCAAGUUUACAUAGGUCAAGUGUAUACAUUUCAGUGGAUAAUUUAUUGAGAAGAGAUAAUUUAUUGAGAAGUGGAUAAUUUAUUGAGAAGAGAAAACAGUCCCCCAUUCGUGAUCAUUCAGUGUCAAAUCAGAUCAUUUUGACCAACUGAAGUAUAUGGGUAACGUUUCCAUCUCUCUUCCUGGAGAGAGCAGUUCUGCAAGUUCUCAAUUUCCUGCUUUUCUGUCAUCCUAUUUAAAGAAGAAAUAACCUGCAUCAUCGGAUGGUUUUCUAAA